GCCUCUAUUUUGCUACCACAGUCCUCAGUUAAUCGCUGUGAAACUCUAAAGCAAAGCUUUUAGUUUCAGUGGAGUGAGUCUAAUCCCUUUUGGAUGUGGCUCUCAGCAAUUCCAAUCCAGGGAUGACAAUGACUAUGACUUUAUCCUUUUAUAAUGCUAAGGGAAUUACUGUAACUCCAAGGGAUUCUCUUUUGCUUAAACCCAACCUAUUAUCAUCUCUUAGUUCCCUUGAUUCUUUCCAGUACAAUAGCAGCAAGAUCAGACUUCCUGUGAAUAUUAGAAUUCCAGCAAAGAAGUUUUGUCAAUAUGCAUUAACCAUCAGGAAUGAGGUGCCACAAAAUGCUGAUUUUCCUCGCCGUUAUUCGAGAAAAGAGAAGAAACCUUUCCCUGUACCCAUUGUAGAACUGCGACGAGCAGCUAGGGAGAGGAUAAAGAGGAUGAAAUAUGAGCCGAAAAAACCAAUGCCGCCGCCGAAGAAUGGGUUGCUGGUGAAGAACCUUAUACCAACUGCAUAUAAUGUGUAUAAUGCUAGGAUCACUCUGAUUAACAAUCUCAAGAAGUUGCUCAGAGUAGUGCCCGUUCAUGCUUGUGGGUGGUGCAGUGAAAUCCAUGUAGGACCUGUUGGACAUCCAUUCAAGUCAUGUAAAGGUUCAAACGCCAGCAUCCGCAAGGGCCUCCACGGAUGGACAAAUGCCCAUGUUGAAGACAUAUUAAUACCAAUUGAAGCCUAUCACCUCUAUGAUCGUCUUGGAAUGCGGAUUCCUCAUGAAAAGAGAUUCUCCAUCCCUCGAAUUCCAGCUGUGGUUGAGCUUUGCAUCCAAGCCGGUGUUGAAAUUCCGGAGUUUCCCACAAAAAGGAGAAGAAAGCCUAUAAUCCGUAUUGGGAGGAAGGAAUUCAUCGAUGCUGAUGAAAGUGAACUUCCAGAUAAAAUCGCAGAGGGCCCUCUAAAACCACUACUAGCUGAAAUACCUGAUUCAGAAAUAGUAGCUCCAUCGAACAAUGAAGAAGUAGUCCUUCUUGCUGAAGAAACACUCCAAGCAUGGGAAAGAAUGAGGCAAGGUACCAAGAGACUAAUGAGGAUGUAUAAUGUGAGGGUCUGUGGAUAUUGCCCUGAAAUUCAUGUUGGUCCCAAGGGGCACAAAGCUCAAAACUGCGGAGCCCAUAAACACCAGCAACGAAAUGGGCAGCAUGGUUGGCAGUCUGCAGUUCUUCAUGACUUGAUCCCACCAAGAUUUGUGUGGCAUGUUCCUGAUGUAAAUGGACCACCCCUGGAAAGAGAGCUCAGGGAUUUUUAUGGUCAGGCGCCUGCUGUAGUGGAAAUGUGCAUUCAGGCUGGUGCUGCUUUACCUGAACAAUAUAAAUCAACCAUGCGACUGGAUGUGGGGAUUCCAUCAACUAUGAAAGAAGCUGAAAUGGUAGUUUGAGAUCAAAUGCUGUUAUAAAUAAACCCCUUGUUUUGAUUAUAGUGUAAAACUGUAAAUUGUGUGCACUAUGUAGGAUUUCAAACUUAAUGCAAUGAGAUUUUUUUUUCCAGAA